AUGCCUGCUCGAAGGCAAGACUCAGACCAAGAGUCGCAGUCACGAUCGCCCUCUCCACCCCCACGAGCAGCACAAUCGCAUCGAAGUCUCACCGUGCGAGAACGCGAAUCCAGUCGCUCCGUUUCGGGGUCAAAGCGAAAGCGAGCAGAUACACAAAAUGGCGGAACCUCAAACCAUAGAAGACGGACUGCUGAACCUUCUCACGAAAGCAACGACGACAACAGUGACGAUGACGAUGUAUACGACCCCGACCAACCACCGGAGGAGCGUCGAGAAAUCCAGCAGGGAUUCAGAGACUUGCUGCGCGAAGUAACAGAGAACACGGAGGAGUACCUGCAAGCCGAUUCACGAGGACUUUACGACACUAUUCUUCGUGCCAACGAAUUGUCAAAGAAAGUACGGCAGACGACUGAAGCCACGAUCGACUCGCGAUUACUUGUCAGCACGACCGAUCUGUCUUAUCGAAAGACUUUGCGGUUGACUCAAGGAAGCCUUUCACAGGGUGUGGAUGUAGAUGAGUUUGUGUCAAAAUGCAUCACAUAUAUGAGGCACGGAGGAGGAAUUAUAGAUGACAAUGCCCCCGAGCUUUCGAGUACUCAGCGCCAGAGAAGAAGAACUACAAGAGGCGACGAGAACGGAGACGAUGAUAUUGGGGACGAUGGCGACAUGAUGAACUGGCCUCACCUUGGCCGCUUCUCCGCCUUGCCAUGUAUCCGUCGCCCUGCUCUACCUGGGUUCCUGCUUGGUCCCCUAUCAGUCGAGAAGAAAGCUCGAAAAAUCGCCAAGCGAAGUGCGCCUUUCAGGCCAAAUAGCUUGAUAGAAACUCGUCCGGAAGUCCUCAAUGUCGAAGACUUGGCGCAUAAAGAGAACGAUCUCACGGCAAUCUGCGGCAAGAUCCUCCACCAAUUACAAAACAUCCAAGUCCACCUUCAGCAAACCGUAUCGGACAGUAUUGAUGACGAUAUGGACGACGAAGAGAGGACCAGAAUCAUGCACCAGUAUGGUCUCCGUAGUACUGGCGGCAUCGACUUGAUGCGCUUUGUCGUGAAUCCCAAAUCCUUUGGUCAAACUAUAGAGAACAUGUUUUACGUCAGUUUCCUCAUCCGAGAUGGUCGUGUGGAAAUCGAAUUUGAUGAGUUUGGCCUUCCCGCACUUGCCCCAGUAAAUAAAGAUGAGGUCGAAGACGAUGAUGAGCCAACACGCCACGGGGCAGCAAAACACCAGGCCAUUCUAUCUAUGGACAUGGAAACAUGGCAAGACAUCAUCGACACUUUUGGCCUCAGGGAACCCAUGAUCACACACAGAAAGGAUAUAACAAAUUCAGGGCCCGGCGCCAGGGGAUGGUACAGCUGA